AUGCUAUGUAUUCGGAGGCUCUAUUCGACAUUUUUUUCGAAGAAGCCUCUCAAUUAUGAGGCUCUUGCGCUGAGAGUGGCAGAGCUGAGAUCGUUCGAAAGAAUCUCGCGGGACCUCAUCCUCGAUUACACUAAGGCGAACAGGAAACUACAGAGAAUCAAUAGGGAGCCACGCGGACAAUUCAAGGUCAAUCCAACAGAACGAGCCAAUUUUCUCAAUCUCAAAGUCAACAUUCCGAGUGCUACGCUUGAGGAUGAAUUGUGGGACUUCUUGAAGGAGCACUGGGAAGUGUGCGUUAGUGACGAGGAAAUAGUAGCAGCGUUUAUCCUGAAUCCAAACGCAGAUAUAGCAAGGUCGUUCCAAAUUGUGAAAGCAAACUUCAGUAUGCCACACUCUGGUCUUAAACUGCUUGACACAGUUUCAUUGCUACUACGAAAGCUUCUCAAGAAGAACGAUUAUCACAACUGCAUCGGCCUCCUAGACGCCACAUAUGGCUCAGCUGGCUAUAAGAAUUCACAAAAGGGAUUGUUGAAACAACACUUUGGUGGCUGCACCAUUCUUAUCAGCGCUCUUUCCAUUGUACAAUUCUGCUUCAUCUCCAUGGCGCUGCUUUACUAUUUGCUACCCUUUACCAUACUUUCAGUCUAUGGAACGGCUUAUGGACUACUAAAAGUGUACUUCUCCUCUCAUGGAGAGAGAGUCAGCUGGCGGCCGCAUACGAGUGUCAUUCACCGUUAUACUCACCGCCACGAGCAGGCAUGGAUGAACAGAAUGAUCACACACUUUGAAGAGCAUAGUGAGCUCAAUUUUAAGAACUAUCAUACUUCAGAGGUUCGCCAUAAACCAACACUCGGCAUCUUUGGUCAAGACGAAUAUGACAUGUUUUUGCCGAGCACCACCAGUCUCCCAGUGCUUGCAAACCAUGCUAGGAAUGAGCAUACUGAAUUGGUGGCUAAGUACUUCCGGGAGGAGCUUCAAAAAAGGAGACUCAAUUGGAAAAUCUUAAAAGAGGAACAAACCUUACUAGAUUUUUGGCUUGCACACGGAGAAAAUUACGAGUGGGUCGAGCCCGACCAGGACCCCGGAGAAAUGCAGUUCGAUUAUGAAAACACGAGAAUGACUUCGCCUUUGGCGAUUGUCAAGGACCAUGAUACCCCAAGUCCCAUCAACCAUUUAAAAGCCGUGAGUCCUAAUUUGAUCAUUUGCACAUCCAUUGACGGCACAAUCCGAUAUUUUGAUCCAAGAAUCAAUCGUGUGGUCGAUUCACAUUCGUGCCCUUCCAAGCUAUUUGCGUUCGAUGCAACAUCGCAGUUCGUUACGGUAGGAUUGGCUGAUAGUCAGGUACAAAUAUUUGACUUGAGGCGAAGAGAUGCUCCCUGGCAGUCUCGAGCUAGCGGAUUGAGAUACCAAAUGACCAACAUCAGAAGCUUUCCAUCGGGUGACGGCUUUGCAUUGUCAAGUAUAGAUGGCCGUGUCUCGAUGGAAUAUAACGAUACACUGGAGGAGUCUCAGAAACGCAACUUCACCGAUAAGACUGAAACUUUCGUCCAAUGGUUGAAGGAUAAUAAAGUCGACAUUUCCGAUAAAGUCGAGAUUAAGGAUCUCAGAAGCGUCGGUCAAGGAAGGGCCCUUGUGGCCAUUGAGGACAUCGCCUCUGAUGAAGAUCUAUUCAAGCUUCCCCAAGAGGUAUUCAUCAACGCUACAAAUAACUCCUUGAUAAAGGAAUAUCCUGAUUUGAAAGACAAGAUCUUGGAUCUUCCUCAAUGGGAGGCACUUAUCUUGGUCCUUAUGUACGAAUGGCAAGUCAAAGGGAAAGACAGUAAAUGGACACCUUACUUCGACAUACUUCCCAUUGGCGAUUCCGAGAAUUACAAAUUCGAUCAGCUUGUGUUUUGGUCAGAAGAAGAAAUUGACCGCUUAAAGCCAUCGUACAUCGUUAAGCGCAUUGGCAAGGCCUCGGCCGAGGCUCUUUUGCAAAAAGUCAGGGACAUUGCAGCGUCUUUUGGUAUCAAAACCUUUGAAAACAUGUCCCAGUCCGAUUUACAUAAAGCUGCAGCACUCAUCAUGUCAUACUCCUUUGAUGUUCAAAUAGAGAAUGGACAUGACCAAGAUGAAGACGAUGAAACAGAUAGUCCCGAUGUUAAAAACUCGUCCUAUAUCAAGAGUAUGCUUCCAUUAGCUGAUACAUUAAACGCUAAUACGAACCACCACAAUGCAAGCCUAAUACAGGAUAAUGAUUCUCUCGUUAUGCGUUCUAUCAAGCCUAUUGAAAAGGGUCAGCAGAUAUACAAUACCUACUCGGACCACCCUAAUGCUGAGAUUCUCAGAAGAUACGGCUACGUCGAACCGGAGGGUUCUACCGCAGAUUUUGGAGAAGUGUCUCUUGAUUUGAUCAAAAAAUACUUUGUGGAAUCCACUUCCCUUCUGGCCACCAACGUGGAAGACAUAAUAAGCAUUCUCUUGGAAAUCCAAGAAGAGGAAGACGAAGAAUUCGUCGUGGACAGUUUUGAUUGUUACGUUUCAGGAGAGGUGAUUUUCGAGAUGUGCUUUUUGGCUCAGUUACUCACCGUACUUGCAAAGAUCAAUGAUAGGACACCAUUCAACGACGAAUCACUGGAGAACAAAGGGCGUGGUAUAAGAAGGGUCUUCAAGAAGUGCUACCAACUAGUUGAGUCUGGAAAGCUUACCGAAUCGCUCAAAGUAAAUUUGUUCAAGAUUCUAGACCUCCGUAUCUCUGAAUACCCGGAGUUAGAUGAGACCUUGAAUGAGUCACAACUUCAGACUAGGGAAGGCAUGUCGAGGAUUGUCCUCCAAUCUGAACUUAAAGCUUUGCGAGAAUGUGCAAAAGGCGAGAAGCUCUUCUGUAUCGGAGAUACCAACUACACCUUCAUCCCGGACGAAAAGCUUGUCAACAACAUCUUGAAGAAGAGCAUUUUCUCUGAAGCUCCGUCGAAGAAGCAAAAGGUUUGA